ACCCAAGUUCAUUACAGAUCUUGGAUCUGCAGAGGUGAAAGUCUCAUGUAGUAUCCCAGCAUGUUUCUCAGCCUCCCCAGACGGGUUAAUUUUAAAGUGAUCAUUUAGCACUAACCUGGGAACGCAUGACAGCCUUCAAAAUCAAAACAAUCUGUUAAGGCAGGUGGGAAAUGAAACCAGCCCUAAUGGCAAUAAUGAUUUUCUGUGGAGGCCCCAGGCUUCAUUUUGUCUCUGAUAGCAAUAUAAUCUUUUAUAGCAUCUGUGAAGUUUCCUAAUAAAUAAACAUUCCUUGUUGCUAGUGGUUGAAGAUGCAGUACAGGUGCAUUACGAAAGUGCACUGACAGACUGUCGGGUUCCAAUUCAAGACCUCUUGUCAAGAUCAUUUUACAAGAUAUUUCAAAGGAGUAUACAAGAAAUAAAAAAAAGCAGUGUAGCUGCAGCAAGGAUUUGGUAAUAGAUUCCCUCUCUGUCUGGGAGUUGUUAGGUUUAUAAGCUGCAUCAGUUUUCAUCAUUCUUUCAGCUCUAUCAUUAGCAGUGCUUGCAAACGUGUCCUCAGCUUGGCAAGUGAGGGAAUGAAGGAAGGUGAGUAUGAAAGAAGUAGGAGAGAAAGAGCAGCUCCUCCAGAGUAUUUUCCAUAGUUCCAGUUGCUCAUCCCUUAUUCUGUCUCAGUUGUUUUUCCAAAUCUGGAAAUUAAAAUAAGGAAGAGAGGAGGGAGAUGGAUUCUUCACCUGAUAAAAAAAUAGAGAGAACUUCUCUUGUCUCCUAGCUGAGUAUUUUUAGAAGUUCCCAUUUCUGUUUAACUUUCUAUGGGAAGGAAACAGCGCAUUUCCCUGCAGCUCACAUCUAACAUGACAAAGGAAGCAAAAAUAAGAAAGCAAUGGACAGAGUUAAAAUACCUGUUUGAUUAUCAAAAAGUUAAACUGCAGUAGGAAAUUCUUCCUGCCUGCUGUGCUGAACACACACUGGUGAUGCCUUUUACCCACCUGGAUCACCAACAUUUAGUUAUACUCAAAAAAAUUGUUCUUCCCUAGACACAAAUGCGUUGAUAUAUGGGAUUUUAAACCAGAUCAGAGUGACUUCAUCAAGUCUCACAGCAGUUGGUGGCAGAGAUGGGAAAACAAUACUCUGGGUCUGUUUUUACUUUCUUGUACAUCACAACUCAUCCUUCACACUCCACCCUGUAGAGUUUCUGUUGUGAAGGAGACAAUAUCACAUUUUAUCCCCAUACUAUUUUUUCUAACAUAUUUUUACCGUACUGUCCAUUUGCCAUCCCUCCAGAGCCCACACCAGUCAGACAUGGGGUACCGAAUUAUUGCCUUCCCUUUUCCAGUGAUGAGUAUGGCAAGGUAUGUUAUUGUGUAAUGCAAACAGCGUGGCAGAUUCCCUCUGUAGGGUUUAUUCACUGCCUUGUCACACGGCUGUGAAUAAUGAGUUCCUGCCCUUCUUUACUAUCCACACAGAACACUCAGAAAUCUUUAGCUGUUUUGUACUAGGGACUUCCUGAUCCCAUGGUGACAGCAGAACUGUAGCUGACAGCAAUGAAGAGUAACUCCUUAAAAGUCAUCUUAAUGAAAAGUUAUGAAUAAUCCUGUUAAAUGAAGGACAAAAAAACUAAUUUAUCUUAAAAUAUUCAGAGCAGAUGCAUCAUUUGAGCAAGAAACCAAUGAUGUGCCUGAUUUAGAAAUGUCAUAACUUCAAAGAAACUGAGUCAGUAGUUCAGAAUGAAACGACAUGGUUUCUAAAUCAAGGGAUGCAACUUUGCUUUCCCAAAAACAAUUGGAAAUACAAAUUACGUACACCUAAAAAUAAAUACUGUGAAGUAAAAACAUGUGAAAUAACUUAGAAAUAAGUAGGGAAGGAUAUCCCUCCACACAUUUUCAUCAGUUAGCCUUGUAACACAAACACUGUUUCCUUCAGCAGUCACACUGGCAUUGUGGCCAGGACAGCCUUCUCCCUGUAGGCAGACCUUGGGAGAUCCUUUGCCUGAGGUAAUGCAGGAAACCAGCGAGCCUGCAAUCUGCUUGUCAGGUACAAGCUCACUUUUUAUCCAUGGCAGCUCUGCUAUGUUUGUACUAAAAAUAUGCAUUUUUAGUAACACUGCACAUCAGCUUAGACACAACACUAGGAUUUACCUGUCUAAAAUCAGACCUCCCGUUCAUUUUAAUAACUGAGAAAAAAUGGUCUUUUCCUCCUGGUACUGUGAGCAGAUGAUAGCUCAAUCUGCGGCCAGUGACAGAACAUGAAGGAGCAGCACAAAGCUGCACCAGGGGAGGUUCAGACUGAAUAUGAGGAACAAUUUCUUUACCACAAGGUGGUCAAACACCAGACCAGGCUUUUUAGAGAGGUGGUGGAUGGCCCAUGCCUUUCAGUGGUCAAGAGGCAUUUAGGCAAUGCCCUCAGUAAUACGCUUUGACUUUUGGUUGGCCCUGAAGUGGUCAGGCAGUUGCACUCGGUGAUCUCUGUCGUUCCUUCCAGCUGAACCAUUAUGAAGUUGUUUCUCACUGACACUGCCAUUAGAAACGUAUUACUAGUGUUGAACCAGGGUCUUCUUAUGUCCACCCUGACCAUGCAGAGUGGACUAUCUUCUACCUCUGUGCAGCAGUCUUUGGUAAGGACAGUUACCAUAUUCCCCCUCCAUUUUCCUUUUUAAUGUUCAACAACCCCAACUCAAUGAGCCUGUAAUUAAUGACAGCCCCUGCCCCAAGCAGCUUGGUAGUGGGCCCGAUCAGCCUGAUGUCAUUACUUCACCAUGACAAUUUUCUAACUAACUCCAUGUGAUAUUCCAUCUGUCUGACACUAUUAAAAUCUUUUUAUAUAGUCCAUAUUAUUGUAGUUGCUGAGCUCCCCGCGAACAUCACAGGGAGGGAGGGAAGUGCUGUUAUCCCCAUCAAGGCACAGACAGACCGUGACCUAACAAGAUCACACAUGGAGCCUUAUCAGAGAAUUAAAAGUAGGUCUCUAAAGUCCUUGGCCAGCUCUCCAGCUGUAUGGGAUGGUAACACAGAGAAUCAAGAUGCUCCUGACUUUGUAAGCAAAUAAGUAUGAAACUAUAUGUGAGAAGUGCAUUUUUUUUUAACAAAAUCUCACUUUAUUUUUAAUAAAGGCGAGAUUAUGUGCAUGACACCCCAGGAAAAAAAGAAAUUAAAAAUACCACAUUUUUUUGUUCCUUUUUGAAGUAAUUUAAUAACAGUGCAGUUACUCCUUGUUGAUCAGGCAGAACUGACAAACCAUUUAAUCCUCAUGUGCCAAGUUUGAAAUUAAGUUCUGUUGGUUAAGUGUUAAGUUAAAGCUCAAGCACAUGGGAAAGGAACCUAAAGUUAGCUAAGUGGCCAUUGGUUUUGUUUCCCAGAGCUUACUGUCAUGUCAUUUACUUUCUACUUUGUAUUAAAUAAGGUGUGUGCUAAUGGAUGGCCCACCAAAGACACAUCUUGCCCGGUUUGCAGUGAAAAGUAGAAUCCCUGGUUUAGCUUUCAGACAAUACAGUUAAGAGCACAUAAACUAAUCCAUGCCUAUGAAUGAAUUUGGAAUGAACUUUGUUCACCAGUGCUGGUGAUGGAUGAGUAAUGGUCUUUUGGGACUUUCAGAGUGUAACCAUUCUGAUCACAAAAGUACUACUAACAGUUCAAUACUACUAAAUCUGACUCUGCACUUCUUUACAAAUGCAGUGCAGUGAAGGGGAGAGGAGAAAUGCCUUUUACUUGAGAUUUCACUUAGUCCCAGAUUAACUCUUAAAUCUUGGUUUAUUUAAAUCCCUGAACAUUUUUCCUGUAAGUGUGCACAGAUUUUAUUGUAAAAUCUCUUCAAAGGUCAUUUUAGAACAUUCUGUGCAAAUAAACAGAAAAUAAAGGAAAAGGCAUUGGAAUUGCUGCCUAUUUGAGACCUUAACAAAAGGUAUGUUAGCUUAAUUUGAGCCAGAGGAGCUGGAUGGAGGUUGUGUUUAACCAGAUAUGCUGGCAAAAACAUGCUUAAGAAGAGCCAGAACCACAUGUGGCCACUCCACUUUAAUUGUGCUUGUUUUAAAAGAUAUGUCUUUAACAUUUACCCUAUCCAUUCUUGCUGUCUCUUUAUGAACUGAAAAUAAAAGCUCCCCAGGCAGUCAUACUAAGACCUCAAACCUAAAAUUCUUCAGCUGAGUCAAAAGCAAAACCUACGUUCAAUCAGCCCCACGCAUUUUUUUGUAGCUGUAAGAAGAUUUGAUUUGUCUACCUCUUUUUUUUUUUUUCCCCCCCAAGUCCCUAGGCCAGUCCUAACCCAGGGAGUGUUUUGAUACUGAAUGUAGCUCCUUGGUGAGGUCAAAAGCAGCAGUGACAGCAGUGCUACUGGUCUGAAGGCAGCCUGCUGUAAUAAACUACAUAACCCAAAAGUACGCUCAGCAAUAACAAAAGCAUUAACUGCUGACCCACAGCUUGAUGAAAUUCAAUCCCACCAUUAGGCAAACAUGAAAAUGAGAUCCCAAAGGAAGGAAGGAAGGUUCAGAUGUUCAAGACGAGAGAAGUCGGGUGAGAAAGACAGAUAGCUAGAUGGAAGUUGCUGCAAACUAAGGAGAGAGAAGGAAGCUGCCAAUUCAACAUAGUAGGAUCCUUUCAUAUCAUGAAUUUGAACUAAAACUUAACAGUCAGGGGUUUUGCUCCAGUUUGGAACAGUGCAAACUGAAAUGCUUUGUAGUAAAGAUAUCCUUCUACCAUUUUAGGGACAUAGAAUCAUAGAAUCAUUUGAGUUGGAAGUGACCUUUAAAGAUCAUCUAGUCCAACUCCUGCACAAUGAAUGUGAACACUUACAGAUAGAUCAGGCUUAAUCUGAUAUAACUUGAUUUCACAGAGCUUGCUUCAGUUGUUCAUGUUUUCAGAACUGCUUUAAGUUAGAUGCUUGUGUUAGUAUGUUGAUGUCACUUGAAGGCUGGAAUGUUCCAGGAACCUAAUUGAGCUAAGCACCCAAAUCUGACUUAAUUUUCUCACAUGUCAUAUGGUUACAGAUCCCCACUAGUGUAACUGAGUAUAUUUCAGUGAGAAUCAAGUCAAACUCAUGUCAAACUCAUGAAACCUGAGACAAUACAUCAUAAUUCCUGUUUGUUUAAAAACCCAGCUUUGGGUCAGGAUGCCAUAAGAACCUCUAUCUGCACUCUGCAGGCAUCAUUAGCAGAAAGUUGGAUGUGGGGGUGCUGGCAGGACUGCACCUCAGUUGUUGUUAUAGUGCAUUGCUUUUUUUCCCAGAACACGCUCACUGCAGAUGACCAUUCUCCUGAAGACAGCUUUAGCCUGAACCCCGAGGACAGAAGAGAAUACCCCGAUCUCCAGGCUGCCCACCGGCCAUUCCCUAAGCAACGAUUCAGGCAGGAAAAUGGGCAUACAUCCUUACAGAGAGAUGGACCUAGAUCUUUCCUUUUGGAUCUCCCAAACUUCCCUGACCUGUCAAAAGCCGAUAUCAACGGGCAGAAUCCCAACAUUCAGGUUACCAUUGAAGUGGUGGAUGGCCCUGACACAGAAACUGACAAGGACCUUCAGAAAGAGAACAGCAAGCCUAGCUGGCCAGUCUCAUCACCUGACUGGAGAAACUGGUGGCAGAGGUCCUCCACCUUGACUCGCAUGAGCAGUGGUGACCAGGACUACAAGUAUGACAGCACUACUGAGGACAGCAACUUCCUGAACCCUCUCGGUGGGUGGGAUGGUCAUGCACCCAGUCACCGGACAUUUGAGUCCAAGGAGCAGUCAGAGUAUGACUACAUUGAUGGUGAUGGAGACUGGAGCCCGUGGUCCCUUUGUAGUGUCACCUGUGGGAGCGGCAGUCAGAAGCGGACGAGGUCCUGUGGGUAUGCCUGCACUGCCACCGAGUCACGGACCUGCGACAGGCCAAAUUGCCCAGGGAUUGAAGAUACCUUCCGAACAGCAGCCACAGAAGUGAGCUUACUGGCUGGGAGUGAAGACUUCAAUGCCACCAAACUGUUUGAAGUGGAUACUGAUAGCUGUGAAAGAUGGAUGAGCUGCAAAAGUGAGUUCUUGAAGAAAUACAUGCACAAAGUGGUCAAUGAUCUUCCCAGCUGCCCCUGCUCUUACCCCAGAGAAGUUGCUUACAGCACUGCUGAUAUCUAUGAUCGGAUUAAGAGAAAAAACUUUCGCUGGAAAGAUGCAAGUGGUCCAAAGGAAAAACUGGAGAUCUAUAAGCCCACUGCACGGUACUGCAUCCGCUCCAUGCUCUCUUUGGAGAGCACAACACUAGCAGCUCAGCACUGCUGUUAUGAUGAUAACAUGCAGCUGAUUACCAGAGGGAAAGGGGCUGGUACACCAAACCUGAUCAGCAUUGAAUUUUCAGCAGAACUCCAUUACAAAGUGGACAUUCUACCCUGGAUUAUAUGCAAGGGUGACUGGAGCCGGUACAACGAAGCACGACCUCCAAACAACGGGCAGAAGUGCACAGAAAACCCUACAGAUGAAGACUAUUACAAGCAAUUUCAAGAAGCAAGGGAAUACUGAAGAGGUUUUCCUCCACUUCAGACAGAAAAUAGCAUUCAUUUCCUGGAUGCCAAAGAACUGAUAACUGCUGCUGCAUUAUCUCCUUGACAGGCGCUGAUCAGUUUCUUUAUAAUGAAUGUGUAUAGUUGUAAUAUAAUACAUAACUAUUUUCAUAGUGUGUGUAAUUUAUAAGCACAUAUCUCUCUAUCUGACACACACCUAUUUUUACAUAUGGACAUACAUAAAAUUUGUC